AUGGAACUCUUGAGCAGUGACAUCAUAAUCAAAUCCUGUGAGAAAAGAAUUUUCCCUAAGAUUUUGCUACCGCAUUGGUUAAUUCAGGUUUUGUCUCACCUGGGAAGGAUGGCUUUUUGCUUGUGGCCCUUUUGCAGCCCCCCACCCCCGAACAAAACACUUUUCUCCAGCCUUCCUGCAUGGGUGACUGUGGGGCUCGACUUCACUCCAGAGGAGUUCAUUGCAUUAUUUCAAUGUGAAUCGGAUCAUUGGAGAAGCAUGGCUUUCUGUAUCACAGAGAAGCUGUUCCCAUAUCUUUCUGCUGUUAUGGCUGGCUUUGUUGUCUACCAUUUCUUUAAGGCAUACAAGAGGAGGCAGUUCACAUCUUUCCCGCUUUGCUUUCAGAAGAGUCAUGAGAUGCUCAGUGUGGCUGCCAUACUGUCAGAGCAGCUGAAACAUGGCUUGGCCAUGAAGCAGGCUCUGGUGGAGGGGCUUAAGGACGUGGAGAUCAGACUGCUGGCCCUGGAGCAGAGGCUGCUGAUGGUGGAGAAGACUGGACAAGGAAGAAGGAAGAAAGCCCUCGGGAGCAAAGGCCGAGAGCUGACCUACGAUGACUCUAAGUGGUGUCAGUCAUCAGGCGAGAGCGAGGUGGAGUCCAACUGUUCUGGAAGGGAGGCCAUGCUGUCAAAACCUCUGCUGUAAAUUUGAUCCUAAAAAUGUCUUGCUGAAUAAAAAUUAUGAUUAUGUGAA